AUGUCCCGUCACUCAUCGUUCUACAGCCCGUCUCCCUCCAAGACACCUCCCAGCCACUCCAAAGACGAUGCCAAGAACGAACUCCAUCGAACUGUGCUCGAUCCUCCUCCCCUUCCUCCCCAGGAUCUGACAAUACCGCAGAGAAUCCUGCUAGCCAGCGCGCUGAAAGAGUUGGACCACUACAAGAGGAAGAGCGCCACGGUGCUUGACGAGCACGACAAGAGCUUCAAGAUCUUGGUGCAAGAACGAGCUUUCAUCUACCUCGAGUCGUCACAAAGUCCUCAUGUAAUGGAGGACUUUGCUGCCAUGGUGAAGGGGUUUGGGUUGUGGAGGAACUGCGCUCACCGAGAGUCGAAGGCGAAGGCUGUGAAGCUCGGAGAAGAUCUCACGCACGAUAGGAAGCAUCUGCACAAGAUGACCCACAACAUGUUCCAUGUCUCAGUUGCGAGGAUGAAGAACAAGAACCUGAAGACGAGGCUGUUCUGGCAAUGGAUGUCACACCUUGCCACAAGGCGGCAGCAGACGCGCAAGCUGUCGCAGCUCCUCAUCAUGCGAAUCUCUAGAGACGUGCUGGAGCUCGUGACGGGAACGAUGGGGGGAGCGAGGAGGCAGCGCAGCGGAGGCGAGGACGGGCUGAUCACUCCUGGGAUGGCGGAAGCAACUCACGUAAGAGUCUGGGGAAAUGAGGAGGGAGAGAAAGAGGAGGAAGGAGGCAGGGAGGCAUGGGGAAAGGGGAAGGGGGGGCGGUUGGCAGCAGGAGCAGGAGCAGGAGCAGGAGCAGGAGCAGGAGCUGUGUGUUCUGGUCUCGUGCCUGAUGAGGGCGCGAAGCUCCGACGGGUCUGGAACGAGAGCUAUGUCGACAAGGUCUCGAUCAGGCGGCACCGCCAGCGGCUGCAGAGAGUCUCGCUCAUGGGAUGGGCUCAAGUCGCUAGGAGGGUGCUGGCGAGGAGGAGGACCUCGAUCAAGUCUCACGUUCUCCAUGCCCUGCUCGUCUACCGCAACAGCGUCAUGGAGAGCAAGAGGAUUUGCAACCAGUGCUACCGUGUACAGGAGAUGGAGAAGCUGGCUGCUGCCCUGACCUCCUGGCAUCGACGCACAGCAGACAACAAGGCCGUGAGAUCGUUGGGGAGACGUCUGCUGCUCCGGCAUCAAAGACGGAAGCUCUCCUCCUCGUUCUCCCUGCUUGCCCGCCCCGCCCUCCUCCUCGCCAGGUUGAAGGACUUCCGCAGGUCAGCAGACGUUGGUGACACUCGCUGGUUCUUCACAGCGUGGAUGUGCGUAGUGCGAGAAUACAAAGUGUAG